AUGGCGCUCAGCUCCCCCGCGCGCCGGACGGCCCAAAGUGCGCCGGUGCGAGGUGCUCCCAAGGCCAAGCCCAAAGCCAAAGGACUCGUGAGGCCCAAGGCGCGCGCCAGCUCCAGCCUCUCGGGCUCGCGCCGCGUUUCCGUGGCCACCCAGACGGAGCUGCGCUUGCCGUCGACGUCCCUUCGCUCGGUCAUGCGCUCGGGCAAGAGUGUGUGCUCGGAGCUGGAGGACGGAAGCCCCAUGCCACUGAACCUCGUAGCGGUCAACAAGACAGAGUCAGGUGGCAGCGGCAUGAGCGGAGAGGCCUCCGAUGAUCCGCACACCCCAGUGCGGCGCCACAGCUGGGAGCUGAGUUCCCUGGAUCCUUCCACGUGGCCGGUCUUCGGCAUCACCAACGAUGGCUUCGGGAUCACCACCAAGGAGGGUCAGCUGGACGUGGAGAAAUCCGCCUCCUUCGGCUUCGAUCGACCCUUUGAUCCGGCAAAGCUGGAGUCCAUCUUGGAAGGCAGUAUGCCAGCGGACGCCUCCUUUGGGAUGGGCGAGAUUCGGCUGAUGAGAAGUGAGCUCGAGGAGACCCUGGCCAGAGCUCAAGAGGAGAACGAGUCCUUUCGACACCUUUGCUGGGACCUCAUCAGCUUGGGUCGAAACCUGGAAGAAGGCGUGGGCUUCCAGGAGCCGCCAAGUCACGAGGAGCUCUUGGAGGAAGCACGCCGUUGCUUGGAGUUGGCGCGGGAGCGUCUUGAGCUGCGGGAGCGGCUCCAGGAGGCAGUGCCGGAGAUGGAGGUGCCCACGCCGGAGGGCGCCAAUUUGAGCCGCUCAGGCUCGCUGAAGCUGGCACGAGCGCCUGCUCUAGAUGUGGCACCAGGCUCCUGCACUCUGCCCUCGCGCAACUGGUCGCCACCACCGGAGAGGCGCUUGACCGCCAGCUGUUCCGUCCCUGCGUUGCCAUGGUCCGCCUGCUGCCCGGUGGCGCGGGCGCCGGCACCCAGCGUGCCCGUGCAGACGUGGCCGUGCCAGUGGACGCCGCAGAUGAUGAGUCGACCUCAGAGCUGUGCAGCACAGGUGUCCCGCUUCUCCUCCGAGCCACCCUAUCCUUGCGAGCCGGUCACGCGGUCGGUGUCGCCACUGCGGGAGCCGGACGCGCUGGGCCCCGCUCCGCUCGCGUUGGGCCCCAGCCCGAGCCCACUGGUGCUGAGCGCCCCACCGAGCUCGAUGCCACCACGGCCGGUGGCCACUCCCCUGGCUGUUCCUCCAGCUGCAGCUGUGGCCCAGCGCCACUAUCGCCAAACGUGGAUUGGGUCCUGGAUCAAGCGCAGCACGUCCUAUGAAGCGCCACCCCAGCGCUUCACCAAGGAAGGUUCUCACGGCCAGAGACCAGAGCAGUUGAAAGACCCAGUGAAGAGGUUCUGCGAGCCAGAGGUCGAACGCUGGCGGUCACGUGUUGAGUCCGCGGAGUCCCGCGAUCCGCGUCGAAAGGAUGGAGAUGGACGGAGCACGCGGGACGAGCGCGGAGCGCGUCCGGUUCUGGAGCUGUGGUGCACAGCCGUGGUGAACUCUGGCAACCAACCCAGCCCCUUCCGGGCGGCCGAACGGAGGUACUCACUCUCCUUUGAUUUGCGACUUCUAGCCUUUGCAGAACUCUCAAAGGUGGCUGCCAUCGAGGCUUUCUCCAGCCGAAUCAGCACACGUGAGAGUGACACGUGGUGUGGUUGGGUGUACCAGUCCGCCUUCACAGGUGCUCCGAGUGGCGUCACUUCAGCGAGGACAGCGACACCGUUGCGCGCCACGCCAGUACAGGAUGUGCAAGCCGCCGCCGCGGCAGCGGGCACUGCGGCGGCACGAAAGGAAGUGAGGCUCCGACUCCUCUCGGCUGCCGCUGCCACCUGCCGCGGCCAGUGUGGGAGUGACGUGGCGAAGGAAGGAGCACUGCAGUUGGUGAAAGCCAUGGAGGCCUUGAACCCAACGCUGGAGCCGGCGAAGCAACAAGGCUUCCUAGAGGGCACCUGGCGUCUGAUCUACGCCUCGGAGGACGUCACGCGGUCCUCGCCCUUCUUUUGGGGAUGGAGACAGAUGCUCCAGGGCGUCCCAGACCCUUCGCCCGUGACACGGUCGUUGCUGGGGACACAGGAGCUGUCAGAGUCCAUCUUCGCCAUCACUGAUGGCAUUCCGCUGAAGACGGUGGGCGAGGCCACCCAGACAAUGGUCAACGGGAAGAUGGUGAACCGGGUCGCCAUCGAGGUCUUUGGGGCAGGAAGGACCAUCAUGACCACUACCAGCAGGUACGAAGCCUCGCCGGAUGGCUCCGAGCUGCUGUUGACGGUGGAGACCACCCAGGCGGUGGACAACACCUUGCCCUUUGCGGAUCAAGUUGUCUUCCCCUCCGAGUCCUUCCUUGGGGAAAAUGCCCGCGUGCGUGUGCGCGUCACGUACCUGGAUGACGACUUGCGGGUCUUCCGGAACGAGAAGGAUGACCAAGUCUUUGUCUACAUCAAGGCAUAG